ACCCCUUUUCCCCUUCGGUGCUGUCUAUCUGAAUGCCACGUCGCCUUCGCCCGGCCUUUUGACGGAGCAGCGCAUAGCAGCUUAGCAGAUACUCCGUACCUCCCAUAGCGUUUCUCCUGAGACAAAGGUAGCUGAUCAGAGAGAGACCAUUGAUGAACGGUCCUUUCGCUUAUGAUGGCAGACCAGCCACCUCCAUUAGAAGCCACACCUAUUUUGAAUGAAGUGCCACUUCUACCUCAUAUGGUCAAUGGAGACACCACACAACAGGUUAUUCUUGUGCAAGUAAACCCAGGAGAGACGUUCACAAUAAGAACUGAAGAUGGUCAUAUCCAGUGUAUUCAAGGUCCAGCACAUGUUCCUAUGAUGUCACCAAAUGGUUCUGUUCCUCCAAUAUUUGUGCCUCCUGGUUAUGUCUCUCAGGUGGUUGAAGAGAAUGGAGUUCGGAAGGUCAUAGUUAUGCCACACUCGACUGAAUUUCACCCCUCCAUGCACCCACCGCCUCCACAUGUGCCCCAUUAUAUUCACCCCCACCCUGCUUUGCUUCCCCACCCCCCUCAUCCUGUGUACCCACCGGUUCCAGGAACGGGGGAAAUCCCACCGCAGUUCAUUCAUCAGCAUCCACCACCACCAUCGCCUCAUCUUUACCAAGAUCAAGAGUCCCGUUCCCAUAGCAGAGCAAACUUUGUCCAGCGAGACGAGAGGACUCUCAAAAUGCAAGAACAUCUGAAGAAGAGGCUAAAAGACCGGCAGGCCACUGGACAUACGAAUAACAAGGCCAACAGCCCUCCUUCCUCACCUCACAAAGCCAACAGCGCCUCGUCUGGCACCAACGUUCAGAACGGCUACGGAAAGGGGCAGCCAGGCACCGUAGGGCAAAUCAAACAGAAGCAUAUAGGAAAAACCCGGGGAAGCCCCAUCCCGUCAGCCGAUUCAGGAAUGGGAGAAUCUGACACAGAGUCUAGAAAAUCUGAAGAACUCUUGAGCUUCGGUAAGCCUACGGUCUCUGAGAUACAGGCGCGUUCAGCAGUUAUUUCUUGGAAUGCCCCAGCCGCAGCCCAGAAUGAAGAAAUGCAGAGUCUCGCUCCUGAAGCCUUUACUUUUGAAGUGGCAAUCUCGAAUAGCGGUAAAAACGGAAAAUUUAAAUCCCUUUACAGUGGUGAGGAUGUAACUUUUACUCUCUCUGAACUCCGACCAGCAACUGAUUAUCAUGUCAGAGUUUCAGCGUUGGGUCAUUCCACAAAGGAAUCUGUUUCAGAGCUGGUGAGUUUUACCACCGAGAGUUGUGAACCAGAUCCUCCAGCGGCACCAAAAGUAGUCAACAAAACCAAAAACAGCCUGACUUUACAGUGGAAGUCCUCCAAUGACAAUGGGUCCAAAAUAACUAGCUACCUUUUAGAAUGGGAUGAGGGGAAGACUGGAGCCUUCAAAGAGUGCUACUACGGUCAUCUAAAGCAGCACAAAGUCACCAAGCUGUCCCCCUCUACCAAAUACUCAUUCAGACUAGCAGCCAAAAACGACAUCGGCAUGAGUGGGUUCGGCGAGACGUUGGUCUGCUUCACCAUCGGGGUUGUUCCACCACCGCCCCUCCCACCCCAGCUAAGUAAGGCAGGCGUGAACGGUUUGUCCCUAAAAUGGGCGCCUCCCAGCGGCAUUUCGUCGGACGACUCUCUGACGUACAUUUUAGAAAUGGAAGAAGACGGUUCGGAUUAUGGCUUCCAAGCAGGGUACAAUGGAGAUGAGCUUUCUUGCACUUUAAGUGAUCUUAGAAGAAACACUGCCUAUAAAUUUAGGUUGUUUGCUCACAACACUGAAGGGAAAAGCGGGCCCAGUGAAGUUGUGGAGUAUAGUACCUGCCCUGACAAGCCUGGACCACCUGGUAAACCAACUGUAAAGGGAAAAAUCCAUUCCCACAAUGUGAAAGUGACUUGGGACCCGCCGAAAGAUACCGGAGGAUCAGAUGUUACUUCAUAUAUUUUAGAAAUUUCCGAAGCCUCUGCUGGCAGUAAAUGGGAAACCGCCUAUAAAGGGUCCACGAGAGAACACAUAUGUACCCAUCUCAAGCCUGGCGUUUGCUACAGGCUGAAGGUUUCCUGUGUUGGCAGAGGGGGACAAAGUCAGCCAUCUGAUAUACUCACUGUCCAGACCUCAGCUGUUCCCCCUGGGCCCUGUCAUCCUCCGUGCCUGUCUGGCAAAGCCAAGCCUAAGGAAAUUACUCUGCAGUGGGAUCCUCCUUCCGUCAAUGGGGGCUCAGAGAUAUCGGAAUACCUACUAGAAGUGGCCAACAGCGACCAAGAAGAACACCGGCAAGCCUACCGUGGCCAAGCUUUGGAAUGCACCGUGAACGGACUUCUUCCUGGGAGGACAUACUGCUUUUGGAUACGGGCAGCCAACAAAGCAGGGCUCGGCCCUUACUCAGAAAAGGCAGAGAUCUCUACAGCUCCAGGGCCCCCCGAUCCAUGUUCCACCCCACUCUUAACGUGCAAAACUGCUACUUGUGUAGUAGCUACAUGGGAGAGCCCACCAUGCAAUGGGGCAGAAGUUAAUGAAUACAGACUAGAAUGGGGGCAGAUGGAAGGAUCUAUGCAUAUCGUCUACACCGGCCCUCUGCUGUGCUACGAAGUGAAGGGGCUCUCCCCUGCAACUACUUACUAUUGCAGAGUACAGGCGGUGAAUCUGGCUGGUCCCGGGCUAUUUGGGGAAAUCAGCACCGUGACCACGCCGGCUUCGGUGCCAGCUGCGGUGGCUGUAUUGAACUUGCUGGAAGAAGACCAGUUGGAAGGUCCUCUUCCGCUCUCCACGUGCCUUGCUCUUCACUGGGAGGAGCCUUGCUGCCACGGGGCAGAGAUCAUUGGCUACCACAUAGAGUAUGGGGAGAAGCAGGUCUUAACGGUCAACAAAGCCACAAGCCAUGUUCUGGAGAACCUGCAACCUGACACUUUCUACAGAAUCCGAAUCCAGGCCUUCAACAGCCUUGGGACUGGCCCUUUCAGCCCAUCCAUUAAAGCGAAAACCAAGCCUUUACCUCCAGAUCCUCCACACCUGGAAUGCGUGGUCUUCAGUUACCAGAGCCUUAAGCUGAAGUGGGGGGAAGGUCCUAGCCGAGCUUUGAUCGCCAAUCCCACCCAGUUCAAUUUACAGAUGGAAGACCGGCUGGGCAGGUUCAUCACUGUCUACAGUGGACCUUGCCACACCUAUAAAGUGCAGCGGCUUAGCGAGUCUACCACGUACUAUUUUAAAAUCCAGGCCUGCAACGAUGCUGGGGAAGGGGAAUUUUCCGAAGUUUACGCCUUUGCCACAACCAAAUCACCACCGCCUGCCAUGAAAGCCCCCAAAGUCCAUCAGCUGGGAGACAAUGUCUGUGAAGUCACCUGGGAGCCUUUACAGCCAAUGAAGGGUGAUGCCAUUGUUUACAUAUUGCAGCUUGCCACUGGGAGGGAAGCGGAUCAGAUCUACAAGGGACCUGAGACUUCCUAUCGCGUCUCCAACGUGCAAACAAACUGUGAAUACCGAUUCAGGGUGUGCGCUGGGCGCCAGUAUCAGGACUCCACGGGGUGGCAAGAACUCUUCGGCCCGUACAGCCCAAGCGCCGCCUUCUCAUCUCAAAAGCAGGAGCUGCUCCCGCCGUCUUCGGACCCGGCUCCGGAGCUCCUGAAGAGCAAGCGGAAGGCGCUCAGCGACGAACAGUUUGCGUUCCUGCUCCUCGUCAUCUUCGCAACGGUUGCCAUUUUGUUCGCCGUCAUCAUUCAGUACUUUGUGAUCAAGUAAGUUGGUAGCCACGGAGAAGCGACUUCAUCACUCAGCUUAUAAUUUUUCAUACGGAAGUUUUACGCCUUGGGUAUUUAUGUAAAUUCCCGUUCAGAUGCUAACUGGGAACGAUGGAAUAAAAAGACACGCCUUUCCAUUUUUGCUGCUGAGUAACAGGUUGGAUGGACAGGGUGCCUUCUCCCAACCCCUCCCCCCUCCCCCCUCCCCUCCUGUCCUUCCCAUCCACCAACUUCCCCUUCAGGGGCCGAAGAAAGCCGGGGAGGGGGGGGGCGCGGGGAGGGGGGGAGAGGAGGAAGGGCAGACGGACUUGAAGAACAUCCCUAUUUACAGCACGGUGGUGCAUCUUCUCAUCAGGGUUAGCUGUUGAAAAAACAGCCAAAAAACAAAAAAACCUGCCUUAAUUCUCAAGAGUUUUGACUUAAUUUUCACAGCGAGUCCUGAAUUCUCAAAAGCCGAGCGAGAAGGGAGGUGCAGGAGGCGAGCCGGCUGCUGCUCUAGCAUUUGGGGGACCAUGAGAUAUAGCGGCAAAGAUCCUUAUUACGCUUUAAAAAAAGACAGUCCUGUAUUCUAGGAUGCAGCACCAGGAAAACCAUCUGUAGUGGAAAAAGAAACCCUACCCAAAUAUUGUCCACAAUGACGUUCAGAGGUAGCGUAAUGUUAAUUUUUUUUUCCCCCGGUUCUUUUAACUGGGGUGUGUGUGUGUGUGUGUGUGUGAGUGGCUGGACACUGUCCCUUCUAGGGAAGCAGUGGUAGGUGUGAGCCUUUUGAGGUUUGAAUUCAAGGUAUCCGAUUCACCUGCACGCAAGAGGGAUUUGGGUUGGUCUUGAAAUUGGCAAGAAAGAGGCUCUCUCUCCUUUCCCUCACCCUUCACCGCCGAGAUGCUUUCUCUCUCGCAAACUUAACGGUCGGCCCAACUCAAGGUCUCCCUCUCCUGUGCCUGAGAGACUGAAGAACACCCUGUGCUUCUCACUUUAUAUAAAAAAAAGGAAAAAAUAAAUAAACCUCUGCAGCGUUGGUUUUCUUUGUUUUCCAAGGGGAAAAAAAAAAAAAAGCACAGCAUUUUUUUUUGUCUUUAAUGAGAACAAAAAAAAAAGUGCAUUUAUGAUAAAUGUUUCACUAUUUGGCUCAAACUGAGCAAAAAUGUUUUUUGUACUAUUCUUAACACGGGAUUAAAAAAGUCGAACUCUCUGGGGGAAUUUUAUUUUUUGGGGGGGGGGGUAAUUUUGUUCCUCGGGGCGUCCUUCAUCCGCUCGAUUAAGUCACGUGUGAAAAAUUACCUCCCCUCCUCCUUUCUCUCCCAUCUCCCUCCCCCCACCCCCACCCACUCCCCCCAAAAAAGUUAGGUUUUAAGUUCGAACGUAAUUGUCACCUCUUCCGUAGCAGUUCCGUGUUCCACUGUUUUGGUCUUGUGAGAUUCCAAGUCUUUUUUCCGUUUGUGAUGGAAAUUUCAUCUCACGGCUUCGGGUCAAACUCACGUUUCCUUUCAUUUGUUUGGGAAGGCGAAUAUCAUGCACUACAGAGGAGCUGUUCCGUGUAAGGCCUCUGCAGCAAGUACCUGUAAAAUAAAAAAAGUAUUUAAACAUUGUCUUUACAGUCAUGCUACUUUGAAAAGCUUAGAAACCAUCCAUUUUGUUCUUUGAAAGAAGAAACUCAAAGAGAGAGAGAGAGAAAGAGAAGACUAGACAUUUUGUUGAGUUUUCCAUAUUGAUAGGGACCGAAAAGUUCCGCCUUACAAAACAUCUGAAUGCUUUGUAUUUGUAUAUGGGACAGUGGACGUAACUUGUGAAACUCAUGUUUAGCUUGAGACAUGUCUGUUUCCAAAACAACACAACUGGCUGUUUAAUUCAUCAUGAUAGCUUAUGGUUUGUGGCAUUGUGUUUGCAUUUCACACCUGGGGGAAAACACACACACACAAACACAAA